AUGCUCAAGCCCAUGGGGAAGAAGCACAUGGCGCACCCGCGGCUCGGGGACGAGUGGCGAGGCGUGAACGCGUCGAGCGCCUUGGCCUCCUCGGGGCCGAAACUGCCGGCGCACCUGCGGCCGCUGCUGGUGCCCAACGGGGCCGCGCUGCGGCUGCAGCUGCGCUACCAGAAGUACCAGGAGAAGGUGCGCGCGCUGCUCAAGAAGGCGGACGCGUCGCAGCAGCAGGAGCACGCGGCCAAGUCGGGCGCGCGCGCCGUGACGACGUCCAGCAUGGCGCUGGCGGUGGCCAUUCAGGCGCGCAAGGACGACAAGGAGCUGCUGGGCGCCGACCAGGCGGCGGGCAAGAGCACGCCGCUGCACCUCAAGCCGGAGCAGAUUUCGGCUGACAAGUGGGGCGGCGCAGCGCUGGAGCAGGACUGGGCGGGGCUGCCCGCGGCCUCAGAGCAGCAGGAGAUGCAGGUGAUGGACGAGAGGCUCGUUGGCUCCAGUGGGGAGGAGGGAGAAGAGGGCGAUGAUGCAGAGGAGGGGGAGGAGGUUGAGCAGGUUCCGGUGGUGCUGGUCGAGCAGGCUGAUGUGGAUGGAGUGAAGGCUCACUUGAUGCAGGACUGUGACGAUGACGACGACGACGUGGACAGUGGACGCCAGCACGGCUUCGUGAACGUGAUGGAGCCGUCGUGGCUGCUGGCAUCCAUUGAGCAGCGCUGCGCCGAGUCGGCGAGCUCGCUGAUGACGCAGAGCUCCACCAAGCCGCAGCGGAGCUUGGCCCUGCAGCUGGCAGACGUUCGAUUGGCGGUGCUGGACUUGUUGUUUAUCUGCCGCUCGGGCGUUGGCGUGAACCUUCUGGGAAGACCUCCGUCCACGGUGGAUACGCACCACCGGAAUCUGGUGGCGAGGGUGAAGGAGGUGGCGAGUUUGAAGGAGGAGAGUGCUGCGGAGCUUAGUCCCGCGGAUCUGAAGCGCGUGACGCGUAUCUUCGACAGCCUCAAGUCGGACAUGUUCAUGCCGGCGGUGCGGUGUCUUGGCUGGCUGCUGACCAAGACCUGGCGCUUGUUGUUCAACGGCCUCCACGUGGAUUUGGAGUCGCUGCACCACGUGCGUCGCGUGCUGGAGGCUUCGGAGGGCGACGUCAGCGUUGUGUUCGCGCCGACGCACAAGAGCCACCUGGACUACUUGAUCAUCAGCUACUUGUGCUUCGCGUACGGUAUCCCGCUGCCGCGCAUUGCGGCCGGAAACAACCUGGACCUGCCGCUCGUGGGCUCGUUCCUACGCGCCAACGGCAGCUUCUUCAUCCGCCGCUCGUUCCGCAACGACAAUCUGUACAAGGAAGUGCUGGAGCAGUACGUGCACGAGCUGCUGCACGAUGGCAACCCCGUGGAGGUGUUCAUCGAAGGAGGUCGGUCGCGCCACGGACGCGUGUGCAAGCCUCGUCUGGGCUUCAUGGGCAUGUUCCUGAAAUACGUGAAGGGGACGUCACGCGCUGCGGGUGAUGAUGACGACGAAGACGACAACGCUGACAAGGCUUCGAAGAAGACGGUCUUGGUUGUCCCGAUCUCGCUGGACUACGACAAGGUGUACGAGGUCGAUGGAUACGCGAACCAGCUUCUGGGCAAGCCCAAAGAGAAGGAGAGUCUGGCUGUGCUGUUCCGUUCCGUGUGGGACCUGUUUUUCCUGCGUCUCGGUCACUCCUACGUGCGUUUCGGUGAGCCGGUGCCUCUCACGGAGACUUCAUCGCUGCAGGUCUCGUCCGAUCUGGUGGCUGAGCGCAUGCAGACCUCUGGUACCAUCACGUCAACAUCUAUUGUCUCCGCUUUGCUCAUGUGGAAGCGUGCGUACGUGACGAAGGAAAUGCUGGAGGCUCGCACGGUGUGGUUGGUGGAGGAGUUGGAGAAGCGCGGCGCGACUGUGGCCCACGUGGAGAACGAUGAUAUCGCUGCUCACGCUCUGUCGAUCCUGAAGGUGGACACCAAGGCGAAUAACGUCGUGGCCCCGCAGCUCCAGUACCCCGUGCGAGCACUCGAGCUGGGAUUCUACCGCAACCACCUGCUCCACAUUUUCCUGCCGGAGUUGGCGGUCAUCGGUGCAGUGGACGCAGCUCUGCGUCAGCGUUCGAAGUGCGAUGAAGGUUACUCAGCAAAGCACAAGCUGGAUGUCUGGGCAGUUCAACAACAUGCGCACAAGAUCUGUCACUUCCUGCGCCACAUUUGCCGCCACGAGGCCAUUGAUAUCGAAGCCCGGAUGACUCAAUUCCUCGCUGAAGCCGCUGAGUGUGAGGUGGACGAGACUUCUGGCACUGUGACUGUGGACGUGACCCGCUGGAACACCUCGAAGCUCACGAGCUUCGUGCUGUCGCUGAACUGGCCGUUCAUGGACUCGCUGUGGCUCACGACCCAAGGUCUUUGGAGCCUGUUGCCCGCUGGAGAAGGCGACGACAGCGAGCACACGGAGCGCGAUGUCGUGCGGCGUGUGCAGGUCCUGGCAAAGGAAUUGUUCCUGCGCCAGCAGCUCUCACACGCGGAGGCGCUCUGCAGCGAGAGCAUCAAACAGUCGCUCGACUUCCUGGCGGAGAGUGGCGUGGUGCGCUACGAGCGUUCGCAGGACGGCAAGUCGCGCGUGGUGCGUCUCUGUUCAAACCGUGCUGAUUCCGUGCGUGCCCUCGAGGACCUCACGCGUGAAGUCAACGGACGCCGGAAACCGCGCGCGUUCCUGUGGCGUGAAGACGAGCUGCCGCGCAACCUCACGCGCGAGGAGGCACUGGAGCUCAUGGAGGGGGCCCAGAGCUCCCGCAGCAUUUACGCCAAGUGGAUGGCACCGCCGGCCGCGGCAACUACGGGCUAGGCAUUGUAUAAGUUAAUCGUAAUAUUGCGUAACGAGCUG